AUGCCUCCAAAAAGAAAGAACUACAAAGGCCGUAGUCCUAAUGUACUACGGUACAUCGAAAGCUGCGGAAAUGAGGAAGAUAUUGGGAGCUUUCUAUCGUCCAAUCUCGCAGCGGGCGCAAGGCUCGCGGCAGAAAACGAAAGCCAGGCACACGACGAGAAAACGAGUCGGACCUAUGAGCUCCGGCUCAUGUCUUUGGAGCAGUUUGCUCAGCAAAAUGGAGAUGAUGCGGUGUUGUUUGGGCCUAGUAAAAGGCCCUUUUUGGCGGCAACAAUCCAGACCUACAUGCGUAAGUUUGUCGGUUUUAUGCUUCUCUGCUUGUAUGGUGGGUGUGAUUUUUUUGCUAAAAAAAAAUAAGUAGUGAAGUCGUUUAAUUCGUAGCGAGAUAACACAAGAAAAUGUCGAAACAUAUUUUCGUCUUUUCUUAAUUCAUGUGCGACUUGAAAGAGUAACGUUACUUUAAUGUUCUGUGAAUGUAGCCGAUCGAUCACCCCGCUACUUAUUAAUAAACUUAGGCUUUUAGAAUGUGACAGCUAAUUUUCGUGCUUGCUAUAUACUGAAUGGUUUAGACGAAUGCGUGGGCCGGCUGUGACGCAGGCUAGCUUUUUGUCUUUAGCACUCGUUUGCUUGUCCCAAAAACCAAGAUCCGGGAACAGGCCAUCUGUGGCAAUUUCAAAGCUGCUAGAAGAAGCUUGCGCCUUGAUUAUUUAAAAAGCAUGGGGUAAUUGAUCCUCUUAUUUCACAACUCUUGAAAACUCAAAAGCUUGGUAGAUUUCACACCUAAAUAUUAAACCGGAAGUUCCGUUCACAAGGCAGGGCUUGGUAAACGGCUGUUCUGAAAGAAAAAUAAAGUAGUUUGGGGGCCGUUACUGUGCUAACCCUUUAAGUCCCAUUGUCAAGAGGAUAUGAAAAUUAACGAAACGAUCACCUGAGGCAAAAUGGUUUGAUCUGUUAUCAAAUUCUCUAAACUUAUUCUUUAAGAAAGGGCUAAUAUACGGCGGAAGCCUUUAGUCUGCGUUUGUCACACACCACUAAAGACGUGUACGCUUUCUUUGGAUUUUCCAUCAGUGAUUUUGUUACCUCUGCGUCCUGUGUCCCUGAUGCAUAAAAAUUCCCAAAGACGCACAAAAGUUCAUGGCAUGGGUCCUGUAGGACGCAAAGAUCAAUUGAUCGAUCUGAGGAUGCUUUUGUAGAAUACCCUGUUUGUGUGAUUUCUGUGUUUGUUGUUUAACAACGCAUAUUUAUUUUAGUCUUAGUUGUGCUUUACAAAAGAAUGUCUGGUCACAUAAAGGCCCAAGCAUUUUCAAUUUCGGACUUGUUGUUUUUUGAACCAAGAUUCAAUUGUUCUGCAGUGGGACUCACCAUAACUACUUGUAAUAAAAUCAAAGGGGAAAUUUUUGUUUGCAAAAAGAAAACUUUUUACUGGCAAAUGUAUAGAAAAUUUAAAAAAGUGUUUGUAGCAGAUGUAGCUGCGUGUAGAGCCCUUAAAUUUUUUGUGGUAGAUUAGUUAGGAGUGGAUUUUUAUUCUGCAUUUCUUUUUUUAGAACAGUUGUUUUACAUAAAUUAUUCGACAUUAGAUUGUCAUAGAACAACUGUAAUUUAUCACACAUACGAAACAGCAGUGGAGGAUGCAUUCCCAGGGUCUCUUCAUGUGAAGUGGCUUGGUUGGUCAAGUUAAUGAUGAAUGAGAUCCCUCCUCACUACCAUGAAAUCCUUUUUAAAAAUUUUUGUUCAGAUGUGAAGGCAAGUACAAUUGUUUCAAAACCCUUUGCCAUUAUGAUGUUAUUUAAAGCUGCCAGGGCUUUUUGCCCAAAUAGAAUGUAAGUUUAUGUUACUUGUGGCAGUCAGUAUGCAAAUUGUGCCGCAAACUUGGAUCACUCACACAUAAGUGACCAUUCACAUAAAGUUGGAAUAACAUUUAAAAUAAGUUUAUCCUUUUCUGAUCUCUUGCCAACCAUAUUUUACACUGGGCAAAAUUAUUUCCAUCUAAACGCAAUGGAAGUAAAUCAUGCACAGUCUAGUUACAUAUAGCUUCUUUUAAUUGUUCAGGGUUAUGUACAAUAAAAAAAGAUUUAUUGUGUGUCCUUAGAGCAGGUUUCAAUGUAAUAUGCCUGUUGGGCACAUUUGCCCCUCAUUUUGUUGACCUCCUUGUUCUGUAUUUAUACUUCACAUGUCAAGCUGGAAUGACAUCGUCGUAUGGUGUGGCUUACUAAUUUAUUUAAAAGCAAACCUUUGUUGUUUAAUUUCUUUCAGAAAUGUUAAGUGAGACAAAAGGCAAGAGGCUGGGGACACUCCGCUGCCGUGGCCUUAAACCUCCAGUUGUGAGAGGCCAUGCUGCAGCCUUCACAUAUUGGUUUAAUGUUUUUGGGCACACAGGCCCUUACAGCCAAUCCAUCGAGGUCCUACCAGAUGGGUCCCAAAAAGUUAUUGCCAAAGGGAAUCCUAUGAAUUCCUCAGGUAAAUGAAUUAUUUUCUUCUGUUCAAUUGACGAUCCACAUGCAUGUUAGCUCUUCCUGUGAAUUAUGCCUGGCGAGGGGAAAUUAGCAAAGUGUGGAAUAUAAGCACAUUCUGUCUUAAACAGUCUUCCUCAAAUUUACAGACAUUUCAUCACAUUGGUAGAAAUCUCAGCAAGGCUCUGUUGUUAGUUGUGGUGUUCGUCAUUAGAACAAGUCUUUUUUUAGUGACUUGUGCAGGUUUUCUUCCUUCAGUCAACUUGUGUUGUUUUCAGUUUGCUGACUUUCCACCAUUGGCACUUUUGUUCUUGUACUUUUUUUGCAACGUUGAUAUUGUACUUGAUGGAUCCUUUAUUAUAUGUCUUAAAAUUAAUACAGUGUAUUAUAGUAGCUGCAUAUCACUGCUUAACUCUGACUGCUGAUUUUUUUCUUUAAUGUUACUUCAGUUUUGACAUACAUACACUAAACAGCAAAAAGCAAAAGUACCUAUAAUCACACAUAUGUUGAAAAUAGCCAUAUCAGGGUGUCGAAAAUAUAUUAACUUAAUGUUUGUUUGGAGACCUCUUUGCCUUUAUUGGCCUCUCACAGUUGAAACUGUACAUCUUGUUGUCACCAAAGCCAUAUUUUCUUAACACUGUGUAUCUGCAUGCUCAGUUUCUCAAUUGUUGCCAGUAUCUUCUUCCUUUUCAUAAGUCAUCACUAGAAUCAGGUGCUUUGAAUAUAGUUUGAUAAACCCCAUUAAAAGUUAUCACAGUCCAUCUAACCAGCUAUUCAUCCAACCUACUCACUGCUCUUGAAUUUUUAGCGGUAAAACAGACCAUAAAGUAGCUUGUGAGGAGGUCAUCGCGGCCAACAAGAAGAGAUGCGCGUCAAGGGAGGGUGGCAUAUGAGCCUAAAAAGGCCCCUCCAUUUACCCUACAUCAGUUGUUGAGAAUGCGUGAGUACUGCUUCAAGACAAUAGAGGUAAUUAUUUUGAAUUUUAGAAUGUGUAUACAAUGAUCCUGCAGAUGGAUUUAUAAUAACUGUCAUAUGUAAAUAAGUAUUGUGCUAGAAAAUAGCCAGUUACUUUUUUAUAUGAAAUGUAUGGAGCUGUAUAGCUCCAUUUUAUUAUGAGAUCGUCAAAGGGAGUUAACUGAACAACAGUAAGAAAUACAUAAUUAAUGAGAAUAAACAGUACAAGAUAGUUUUCAUCCUUUUUAAACAGCUCUAAAAUUAUGGUAAUUGCAAUAUUUGUCUAAAAGAAAGAUGCCUUCUUAAUUCUUUCUGCUGGGUAUAUGUUUAUUUGCUUGAGUUAUUAAACUUUACAUAAUAAUUAACAAGUUGUUGCUUGUUUUUAUUCUUUUAAGGGAAUGCGUGGGUUGUGGCUUUGGACCUUGACCUUAUUUUCAUUUGCCCUCUUCCUACGAGGUGAGGAACCUCUACGCCUUAAGCUGCGACAUUUAAAACUGCCUCAAAACUAUGCAGGUAUGUUGUACACUUAUAUACCGGUAUUGACAGUGAAGUGUGGACAACCUUUCCUAGGCAGAUUAAAAUUUGAAUCUAAUUAGCAAUACUUCAAUAUCGAGUUCAUUACAUUUCAACAACAGACCAUUUUAUAGUUUCUGACUUGGUAACUUAGCCUUUGAGGGAAUGUGAGGCUGGGGUUGUUCUUUUUUCUAAAAAAAAUAAGCUCCUUCUUUUCGUAAAGAACAAUACAUGCUUGAAAAAUAUCAGUCAGCAUAAUAACAAUACGAUCUACAUGAUAAUUAAUGAAAGCAAAAAGGGAUGUAUCCACAACAAGGUCAACUCCAGGGUCAUUUCAACCUGUUGCUGUAAAAUGGACUAAUAUUAUAUAUGGCACUAACUUAUAAGCAGGAUAGUUUGAUAAGUCACUAUAACAAACUACUGCAAUUUGAAUGAAUUCUUGAAUACCGGUAGUUCUUUUAAAAACAAAAGGAAACUAAAAUGACUUCUAAGGACAAAUAACUUAAUCAUACCUGGAAAAUAAAAAAGCUUUAGAUGGUAAGUGUUCAGAUGUGUAAAAUCUCACCAAAAGAUGAUAGUUAAAUUAUGUUCAAUGAUGUCUUAAUUCUCCUGAGAAUUUCUAAUCUAGAAUAUUCGCUUCAAUGGUUCAUGUCUAUAUCCCAGAUAAUAGACUUUUAAUGAAAAUUUACAUUUUGCAAUAACCUUGAAUCCUUAUGCUUUAAAUAUUGAAUUGAUGUUACAUUUAUUUAUAUUUGUGUUAAGUUGAUUCUGGUAGAGUGCCACAAAGAAUCGAGGUGAAGAUACCAUGGUCCAAAGCAGACAAAAAAGCCAAAGGUGACUGUUUUGCUACUGUCAAGUAUCCUGUUUGAGGGAGACUUUAAAUGGAAUACAGUUGAUUAACUUUGUGUCCAUGCAAUGAUAAUUGGCAUUUGGGCAUGCAGGUCUUAAGGCUUAGUAUUAUCAUCAUAAUUGUGCAUUGAUUUUAAGACCUGAAUUUGUUGUUCUUCAGUGUACUUCAGGAGUUCUCUAGUGCUGUUCCACUUUUCAUCGAAAGUACCAAAGAUUAAUAGCAUUAUUAAUUUUGUUUACCUAAAACAAUAAGUUUAAAAUAUGCUGUAGCUACAUGAUCACUUACUUUUUUUUAUUGUUGAAUUAACCAAACUGAGACCAUGUUUCUUUUGGGCACCAUUUUGAACCUUGCAAUGCUGAUGUGAUGGUCAUUUUUUAAAAUAAGUUAUUAAGCUCUUCCAUUUUCACAAUAAUCUCACUGCAGGUGUGACACUAUCUCUUUGGGCCAACCCAUUAAACUGCGAGUUAUGCCCAGUUACUGCCCUUUUCACAUGGUUACUUAUUACGGGUUAGUAGAUAAUUGUAUUUGUCACAUAAUUUAAGCCCUAUUUUAGUUUGUAAUAUUUAUAUUAUGUGCCAUCUUCUUUGAAGAGAUUGAUCAUGUAAUGUAACAUUCCAAUUGAUUUGGUGUUACAUUUUUAGGUUAAUCCAUAAUGUUGGCUUUGAUUCUUGAUUUUGGUACUUUUUCCUUUAUGCUAAAGCUAUUUUUUAUUUCAUCUGCAGGAAUUAGGAAAGGGCAAAAUUAUAUUUUUUCCCCGAGUUGCUAAAAACAACCGAGCAGUCCUUCCUAACUGUGCUCGAGGUGUUACUACAUACAGGAAAACCUUUUGGAGGUACAUGUGCUCUUUCGCUUAAUUAACAACAAGCUAUCAGUUCCAGCAGUACCUGAGUUUUGAGCUGUUGAUGUAAAUAAAUGGUACACUUUUUGGCCAAUUUACAUGUGCCAUUUAGGCACCCUUGACAAUCAGUGUAAACAACAAAAAAUCAAUUUGGAUAUACCGGUACCUUUUAUUUUACUUUCUGCUCCAAAGUAGUCUUUACUUGGAUAAGCCCUGUCAAACUUGUUAUUAAAAAAAACUGUCCUCAUUAAUAUAAUGUAAUAACAAAGUGGUGUUACCAGACUUGUCAUUGUUGUGGAGCUGUGCCAAGCGCAUGCCAACUGCACUUUGUCCAAUUGUUUUUGUUUUGUUUUUGUUUUUGUUUUUACUGUGGCAAUGUCAAAGUGUCUAGUGGGUGAAAGAUGGAAGAUUUAGUUCGGUCAGCCGGAUUGAAAAUAAAAAAUACCUAAAGAAACACAAGAAGUCUCUGAAUAGUAGGCCCAGGUACCCCAGGAUGACUUAAAAAGUGAACAUUUACAGUAUGGAUUAACAGAAUGGAUGAUAUACUGUAAAAAAUGUUCCUGUUUUUCUCUAUGUUUUACUAUGCUCAUUUUUAAGAUUAAAAUUAAGGGAAUUACCAGUAUUUCAAGUGAAAAAUGUUUCAACAACAUCAUAAUUUUUUUUUUGAAAAUGCUAACAAUUUGUGUCAGUUGGGCGACACUAAAUGGAGGAAAAAGAGAGAGAGGAUGGCCUUACCUGUGGAGGCAAAUAGAACAUCUAUUUUAUUUCUGUUAUGUUUAUUUUGAACCUAUUUUUAAGCAAGUUAGAACUGUCAGAGUCGUGUAUUUUAUUUAUGUUUUUGCAUUUAAUAGUUCAGUACUGAAAAUACCUCAUUUUAAUAAUGUACUGCUGAAGCUUAUUUUUUCUGGACGCCACCUUACGAUGCAUGCCCAUUGAGGAAUACUCUGUGUAAUACUAGUCAAUAACCUUAAAUAUUUGAAAUCUCCUUUGUAUUUUACCAAGAUUUAUAGUGUCUAGGUCAGAAAAGUUGCAGUGGGUUCUGGAUACCAUUUUAUUUAUGGCAUAGCAUUUCCACUUAUUGUUUUAGAUGUCAAAGGCUCUUUUUGGUAAAGAGUUCACCACACACAGCAUCAGACGGUCUGCGGCCCGAUGGGCUGCCAGAUGUGGGGCUGAUGACAGCUCUAUCAAAAGAGCAGGCAGAUGGUAUGUGAUCUCGUGUUUUUUAUUUGUAACUUAGUAUUGUCUCAAUAUGAAAUAUUUUUAUUUAAAUAAAUUAUCUGUCUUAUUCACUGUUUAGCUCUCUCUGUAUAUAUAUAUAAAUAUAUACACAAGUUUAUAUACAUGUAUCUCAUGUUUUAUUGGUCUUUUGCUUAAUGUAGAAACAGUAAAAUAGUCUAAAUCAAGUGUUGCAUUCAAUUUCAGGAAGUCAAACAGUUUUGAGCUCUACACUCAAGAUGCCAGAGCUGAAAUGAUAAAAGAGCAUCAUGAUGGCCAACCAGUCUCUGACCACAAGAUCUGGAUUUUCAAACCCCUGAGAUAAUUAAUAAAGAAUAUAUUAACCUGAAUGCGCACCAUCUUGCAGUGACGUUUUUUCUUUUUGUAAAGCUUUUUUACCCUCCCCCCUCUACCAGUCACCUUGGAUUGAUUCUGACAGGUCAUUAUAGUGGAGCUCUUACAGGCACAAAGCGUGCGCUGCAGAGCAGCCAUGCUAAAGAAAAUUUGGUAACCUAUGCAUCCAAGAAAUUUCGAUAGUCGCAUGACCCUGUGUCAGCCCCACUUCUAGAACCACAGCCACCCCAAUAAAAAGAUAACAGGUAUGGACAAAAAUGAUUUUAGUCCUUGAAAAGUCCUUUAGUUUUUCCAAAAAAUUCUUCUUGAACCAAGUUAUUAUCAUUAACUUCCUUUUUUACUCAGGAUGCAGUAGAUUUAAAUAAAAUUUACACUUAUUAACAUCUAUUAAGAUAUCUUUUCUCCUUUAAAUCAUGGUUGUGCUAUCGUAUCAUGGUUUAUGUAAGUAUGUACAGAGUAGUUGUAACCCCUGUGAAAUGACAAACAUGCAAUCAGAAAUGCAAUCAGAAAUGUUACUAUGAUUCUGACCUGUAGAAGUGUCUUUUGGUGGCUUCUGUGAAGAACUGCAGAAAUGUUACUUGUCUUUGGAAUCAAGAAUUUUUCCUUGUUCAGACAUGUGUACAAUAUUAACAAUUGUUAAAGGAACCACAGUGUUAUAAUUUAUGCAAACCAUAUGGAGGGUCCACCAGGCUUGCGCCCAGCAUACAUCUGUAGUGCUGAAAAUACAGUGUUUUGGAGACUAUAGUUCUUCCCAUGCUCAUGCCUCAAGGUGAUGGAGAGAUGAGAUUGAUCAUGGGAAUGACAUUGUAUCGCUAGAAUGUUAAUUUAAAAUUAAAAAAAAAAAGCCCUUCAUUUCUCAGGGGCACCUGACGAGAAUAUAGUUGAAAAUCUACAGUAUUGGGCAUUUUGGGUUCUCUUUUGUACAGAAACACAGUUUCAAACAUUUUCUCCUAAAUUUGUGCAUCAUUUCUCACAAUAUACAAUUAUUCCCCGAAGGAGAGGUGAAUGGUGGUGGGUAUAUACCGAGACACGAAGCGUAGAGGUAUAUAUCCACUGCUAUGAACAGAGCCUGAGGGGUAUAGUUGUUUUAGUACUUACCAAAUCAGUUGGGUUAAAAUCAAUAAAAAGGAAAUUUUUGUACUCAAAACACGUUCCUUAAUUGGAGUUUAUUACGUUUCAAUUGACAGUGUUCGGGGGAUUAUUUUUAUAAUUUUCUUGCAAACCCAGUGAGAAAGUUUUUUUUUCCGACCUGUAAACCGUCUGUCAAGCAAACUUUUGUCUCUUUUUAGGUAUUUGUUAGUACAGAUGCUUCAUCUUCCGCUAAAAUUGCAUCUUUCGAAACUGUCGCGAAAGGAGACGCCACUUUGAAACCCGUUCAAAAACAGUGAAAUGCCAAGGGAACCAAUGGAAAAUUGCUAUCCACUGAUUAGGUGAAUACUAAAAUUGCAUAUUACCCUGUUGUUUACUCAUGCAUAACUAACAGUGAUAAUGAUGAGGAUGGUAAAAUUAUCGCUACACCUCUCCUCCCUCCAACUCCAAUUCCCCCUCCCCCCUACCCCAAUAGAAAAAAUAGAUUUCUUGAUCUGCAUAACUUUUCAGAUUAAACUCGGCUGACUAACUAAAAACACCUGGGCCGGGUUGUUCAAAGCCGGGUUAACAUAACCCAGGGUUAGUAAAAAAUUUGAAUUCAGAUAUGAAAGCUUAAAAUGCAAAUGCAGUUUAAUUCUUUUUUCUACAAUUUGAUGAUUAAAUACUCUAAAUAGAAUAGGGAAAAUUUCCGAGAAAACGUUUUUGCUGAAAAGAAAAAGAAACCCGGGUUAAAAUUUAACCCUGGGUUAGCGCUAACCGGCCUCCGAACAACUCGGCCCAGUAUAUCAACGAUAACAAUAAUGAACAAAGAAAUGCUAUGAAAACUUGAGACGAGUGCCGAAAUGAGUCUGACCUGUCUGUAAUGGUAAAGUUUUCAAAAAAUGUAACUACGUACACAGUCCAGAAGCGCUGCUCUCCAGCCCCAGCAACCCAGCCGAGAGCUUAUUUGCGAGACGAUCUCAGAGUCAUUCGUGACGUAACUUGCCUUGGUUCAGACGAUGCUUCAUCCGAUGAUUCAUCCUCGCUCGAUUCUUCACGUAUUGCCCCAAAGUGCUGAAGGGCGUGAGCAGUGGACAAUUCUUGUGGAAUGUCUUCUCCGAGUUCUGUACGGCACUCAGGACAAGGAACACCGCAAUUGAAGCAGACUGGCAUGUCGCUAAACCAAGGCAUAGUGAAGGGUUCGUUGACGGAGAAGGCGCAGUUUUCUUUAGGAUAUGCUGGAUCUUUUCUCCGCCAUUGAUCUUGGCACCAUUCGAUCAUUCUUUUUUGUCGGUCUAUCCCCUGGUUUCCAUCCCUCUGUUGCGGUCUUAAUUUCUGCUUCUUCCAUUCUAGCUUUCAAAUGGUCGAACGGUCUCGCCUCUAACAGCUUGCACACGAAAUUUGCAACAACUUCGUGCAUUUUCCACGUGAAUUUCAACCUUUCCAUUCUCCGUCUCUCUACCUUGAACCCCAGCAUUAAAAUGAACUGCCACACAGCAAUAUCGUACAGAGGUCUGAGAAACGACAAUAAAUUUGAAGAAGGCAUGAUGAGAGAGAGAGAGCAAACAGUCGUAGCGUGACAAUCGAUUACGCGUUACCUCAGGCCUCUGGUUGGAUUCUGGACACAAUGCCUGGUUGUUUGAUUGGUGAUCGUCGGGCAUUCUCGACCCCAGUGCUUAUGGGUUCUUCUCUUCAUGCGCAGAAGAGCUCUGGGCCGAGAUUGAUCGUCUGGUCAUUUGCAAAAUGUCGUCUUCGUCGUCCACGUGUACUGCGUCAACGCAAACAGUCGUUUCGAAGGUAAAACAUGUACACCCCCUAUUUUCCGAUCUCCUUGAUCUGGCAAUUUAUUCCUUCGGUUGUCAGAGCGGUCUACGAGCUCACCAUAAAGUUCGUGGCGGUCCAGUGCUGGAAGGAGUCUCAGCGAUUCUGGGUCGAAUGUUGUUGACCAGCAACUCGGAGACGAAGGCAGCGUUCGAAGAAAUGACACCUACAAGGCUAGGUAGCUGAUUAUUUUUAAAUUUUCGUUAUUUAGGGACAGUUUGGUUGAAACCUUGAAGGCUUUCCUUGGUCACUACUGCCCCGCGCGAGCAAAAACAAAACUGCUUGCGUGUCAAAUCGGGUAAUGCACUAGUCAAUUGUAAUCUCGACCCUCAAACCCCCGCGGAUAGUAGGCAUUUUACGGCGCAAUAGUGAGGGAAAUACGGAGAUUUUACAUUGACUUCUUGCAUCGGUCCCUGGAGGAAUACCAGAAAUUUACGGCUUAUACCUCUCCCGGGAUGGGGGUGGGGGUGGCGUUUUUUUGUUUCAGUGUUUCGGUCACGUGAUUUGUUUGCCCGCGAAAGAAGCAAACAUGGCGGACUCGAACGCUGUUGGGAUUAAUGAAAUGUUUCGCCGGCUUAGGUCAGCAAAACUUUCGCAUGUAGCAGACAGGGUCCCAAAGGGGUUUAGGGCUCCGGGGCUCCGGACCAAAAUGAACAGGGCUCCAGGGCUCCAGGGCUCCCGAGAAAUUUAUCAAGGGCUACAGGCUCCGCCCUUUUUUUAAUUUUUUUAUUUUAAAAUCCAAAACCAAAUCCUAGAUGGAAGGUGUUGACAGGCCAAACACCACUCAUAAGCUCGUGAUAGUGUGAUACAUGACCUUAUAGUUUUGCUCUAAUAAGGAGAUCUCCCAGCGGUUUUGCUCUUUUAUAUGAAAUGAUGGGAGGCUCGUUGUAUAUUUCUCUCAGCAGCGGUUGAUUUUGAAAUAAAGUGCCAUUUGCUCAUUAAAAUGUUUUUAAGGUUCUGCAAAGCAGGGUGGUACGUGGUAAUGAAGGCAGAAUUUUCUUUCUGUCGUUGUUCUUUUGUAAAGCUGACUUCUGUUCGGUAAAUUCAACCUCAGAGGUGAUUUCUUCUAUGAGAUUGUGAGGGUAACCUCUAGCGCGAAGGCGUUUUUUGAAGUUCUAGAUGUUCUCAUGGGAGGAUUUUGCUGAGGAGUUUGUUCUCAGAAGUCUAAGGGCUUGGCCUUUUAUGAGACCUUUUCUGACCCCGUGAGAGUUACAGGCAGAAAAAUGCGUGUAUUUAAAAGUCUCCGUAGGGUUAAAAUGUACGUGGAUCUCAAGGAUUCCUUGGUUGUGAAAUCUCUCGUCUUUGUUAACAGUUGUAAGCAUCUCUUGCAGGUUUUUCCCUGAGUUUUCACUCAUAGUAAGAUUUUAACAAUUUGUUUCUUAACCAAGACUGCAGUUUCGGAACUUUAGCGUUCCUCGUCAGUUGCUAGCAAAGUCUUAGGUGUGUAGAGCGAAAAUGGCUGUAUAAAUACUGGUCGCUAGGAUCGGAAAUACUGGCUUGCCAUUGGCUGGUGGAAACGAAACCAAUAUUUGAUCCACGUUGUUUUGUGUUUUCAGGUCAAAAACGCUAGGUUUUGGGUGAGCAAGAGUGAUAGUAUCUCACUGGAUAGUAGUGACGCAAAGUCACUAGCCUUUGUUAGUGUUGAGAGAGUUUGAGAGAAUCUUUCUCCAUAGAUUAGGGGUAUUUUCUCGUACACCUCUCGAAAUCACCCGAGUACAUUUCUUUUGAUGAGGUAACACGAGAACCAAAUUUUUGCUGUAAAAAUAUCUGACACUACAGUCGAAAGGUGCUAUGUUGGUUUUUCCAAUCUCUAGGUAGGACAAAAGCUUAAAGACCUAAAUCAAGCAAUAUAUAUCUCAGUAAUUUAGAGUUUAAACUUUAAUAAAUGAUGCAGUUAAAAGUAGUAAGUUUGGAUUGCAGCGCACCCCAGAAUAGCAUCAUUACAGUGAAAAGAAUGAAUGUAAGUUAGCCUCAGUCUAGUUUACAGUGUACUGGUUUUGUUACUAUCUUCCUUCCGAUUCCGAGCAAACAACAAACAAAGCACAUUAUGACGCUAUCUGUGUGCAAAAAUGUCCGAAUUUUAAUAUUUGGGGCUACGGGCCCCCCAGAGAAAACGUUUUGAGGGCUCCAGGCUCUACAGUAAAAUAAUAAUAGGGCUCCGGCAACAAAACGAUGGGGCUCCGGGCUCCAUGGAAAACAUUUUAGGGCUCCCGGGAUCCGCCACCCCCUUUGUGACCCUGUUCAUUGUAUCAACUUAUUUACUGGCUGUAGAGGUAGGGGAAAUUUCCUUCUGAAUCUGUCCCUGGGGCCUGGGGAAGUUUCUAAAAUUACAGAGCUGCUCGUGUGAAUUCCCCACUAUUCCCCGGGGCUUUGGGGGUUGGGGUUACAAUUGACUAGUGCAUAACUGUCAUCAUGGCAUAUGUUUUUCCAGGUUGAGGGGUAGUUAGUACCUAUUUAGAAGCUGCGGGAAGUUAAAAACUUAAGUCUGUCAGACUUGCAGCGAAACUCAAAAGAAAUCCUCCAAAGCAAAAUUGGGCUAAACCUCAUUGAUGUAACUGUUCAGAUAUAGGAAGCUGUAAAAUCACUGACUGCAGAGUGAUAAUUGAUGUGACCAUGCAUGAUGAAGAGCCCCCCUUGUUUCUGAUGUGUUCAUCAGGUGUAUAUACACAUUUUAAUACUUACUUCAAUGCCUUUAGGUAACUGGAAACCAGGGGAGAUCCCCACAAAGGAACUCCUGACCCUGAUCUCUUCCAGAAUAAAAAUGCAGAAGACGAAUGGAGUGAUCAGUGAAGCUGGAAAUCCUCAAGUGCCUUCACUGUUACUUGAGGAAGAGCAAUCUUUUUCUGAGGAGGAAGAUCGCGUAAAAUACCGAUAUUUCCCCAGAUGUUGGAGAUGCGGGCAACAUUGCCAGUUUUGUAUAAAAAGGAAGAAAUUUUUUCCCAAAUUUGGAAGUUUCACCAUGGAGUAAGUCUAUGUUGUUUUAGGUGUUACCAGGUGCAUGUAGCCCUGCAGAAGCAUGUAACUCUGUUCCUUUGUAUGUUUGCUGUGUUUUUUUGGAGAACCAAUCAUUAAGUGGCUAAAAAACCCAAGCAUAGUUCUAAACACAUAAGGCAAAGGUAGAUGAGGUACUGAUUUUGUUUUCAGUUUGUAAAACAUUGUAAGGUGCAUUGAGCUUUGUAAUUGCACCAUAUAAGAAUGUAUUUAUUAUAUUUGGCAAAGAUCCAGACUGUCUGAGACAGGAGUUUGAAAGCAAGUGAAGAAAUAUUAGUCGCAUUCUGCAAGACUAAGUGCUUUUCAACUGUUGCUACUGUUAGGAUGAGGACUCAUUAGAAUAAUAUUUGUAAUGCUGUAAAUGAAUACCCUAUAGCACCACAGUUUAGCAUUUAACAUAAUUUAGAGAAAUUGCUCCAGACAUUUUGACUGAAGAGCAUGUAAAAUAGAUGCAUAAGUUAAAUGACAAAUUUAAGUUUAAUUUCCUCUUCUCUACAGAUAUGCCUCUCCCUUCCUUGAUGUGCUGGAGGACAUUCUCAAAGAUGACCCUGAUCAGGAUGAUCAGGAGGAAGAAGAGGAAGAGGUGAUGGAGUCAGAGGAAGAGGAGAUACAUUAUGAGAACUAUAAGAAAUGUAUCUCUAGAGAAGAUAUGAGUGAAACAGAGGAGGAAGAUGGGGAAAACCAUGAAGAUGAAGGUGGAGACGAAAAUUCUGACCAUGAUGACGUGGAAGGGAUGAAUGAAGAGGACAUUAUUUGACGUUUGGCUAUUUGGAGAAGACCGAAAUGCUGAUAUUGUAUUAACAUAUUAUUAUUUUUGUAUAUAACUUGUAUCAUUAAUUUUUGUAACAUACCCCUUUUUGUGUCCACAGUUUCCUAUAUAUUACACCUUUGUUGGCCAAUGAUGAGAAACAAUAUUGAAAUCAUGUUAAAAGUAAUGUUAAGUGAUUGCCAGCUGAUUAAUUUUUGAGUGGUAGUUAUGUGUCAAUUUUACAUAUGUUUUCAACAAUGUUGUCGGCUUUCUUGUCGUUUACCACAGCAGUGCUUGAUUUCGAACAAGCUGAAUUCAGCAAAUUUUUUCAUUUAUGCAAUGGCUUUAAUGAACUUUCAUUUGGAAUCCUUGACAUCAUACCAGAUGGCUCUGACAAUUUCUGCUGUAUUUUUUAUUCAUAGGGAAAUGGGACGGGGUUUUUGUGUUUAUGCAAAUCAAAAGAACCGUACUCCUUAACAUGAGAAUUUUAAGUCUUCUACUUUAUCUUGAAGUAUAUUAUCCGAUGUUUGUGCUUUUGGUUAAACUGGAUGUCCCCACUAAAAAAAUAGCAAUAAAGUUGAAAGCACCCAAUGAAAAAAUCUUUAAUUCCAGGCAAUUAAUAAUUUUUAAAUCAACCCAAAGUCACUUGAGGCAAGUUUGUAACAUCCCCCUGUAUUGUUAAAGUUUAUUUCAUGUAUGAGUUUGAUCUUCCUACUUGCACAAGAUGUUUGAUAAUUACUCUUCUAUGAGAUGAGGUGGUAAUCUUUCACAACUAAUUCCAUUUUAGAUAUCCUGUAGUUUUUGGUUUGAAGAGAUACUAGUCAUCUCUACUUGAAAUCAUGAACGCUCUAGAGAGAUAUUUUGUUGUGCGCUUUUUAAACGUCGGAUUUUACAAAACAGAGUUUUCGAGUGAAAGGGCUAAUGUUGUAAAAGUUAAGAUAAUUUCUCAUUUCCCAAAUAACUUAUCAUUGUAUUUCUGGUAGACCUGGCUGGCUUUCAUUUCCACAUCUCCUGAAAAUAACACGCAUGACUAAGACGCACUGACUUUACCAACACUUUGAGCUCUUGAGCUUUUUAGCUUAUCCCAACAACCCAUAAUUAUUACAAGCGGUAGAGUGUUGAAAAAAAAAAUUAUAGGUCUGGGCUCAUUAUGGGUUGGCUACGCCCCUGUACGUUUAGUUGUACCGUAUUUGGUUUCUUGGGAGUGGUCCGCAUAUGGAAUAAUCACAUGGAUAUAUAGAUAUUGUACCUUUACCGAUUAUCGAUGUUGUUAAUUAUUAUUUGCAAAAUUAAAGGACAGAUAUGUGUUUUAUUUCAACUGGCUCUAAUGUACUUCAUAGGAGAUGAUAGGAGAUCAAGUAAUUUUUGAGUAAAGCCGGGCAGUUUGGACCAAAUUAUUGUAGGGCAAAGUUGAGCCGGUGCUCAGCCAAGUUGAGUUCUUUACGUAUCAAUACCUUGUAUCCCUACGUUGUUUCGUGUGCACAGUGUUCAGAAGGAAUAUACGGCGGACAGAUAAAUCCAUUCGUGUAACCAAUUUUUUGCAAAACCUCGAGGCUAAAUUAUAGUUUUAUAUUGCGGUCGCUGUUAGAUUUCGUUAAAGUAAGAGGACCUUUUGCGUCUUCCUCUUGCAUUAAUAGCUGGGGUCUACAUACAGUGCCUAAACCAUCACCGAUUAAUCAGGACGUUUUUGAUGCAAAUUUAAUCCGUGGCCUCAAUAACUUUGACACCCGCCCCAGUGAGUUAAAUUGGAAGGGUAACUUUAAAAAUAUGAAUUUCCCAUGGUUGGGGAAAGGCGCAUUUAAAGACCGCUUUUAGGUGACUUUUGCGUGAAUAACUCGUUGUGGGUAUCAACAAAGUAAGAAAAAAAAAAAACACGGCCACACCAGGGACACUCUUGACGUUGACCAGGGACGUCCUUAUACUGAACGCACUUCCAAAAGUAAUGGGCAUUGUGUAGGUAAAAAAAAAAAUUAUUAAAAAUAUCUGUUCGCAGGACUAUAUAUCACCUAGAAAUUUCUAUAGCUCAAAAAAGGCUACAAAUAAACUGGAUAACUGUUCCAUUCAUCUAAGAUGGUCUGAGUUUUCCUACUAAGUUCCCUGCGAUUUUAGGAAGUUUCUUUUUCCCGUUUGAAACUAGGGCUAACUAAAUAAUCAGUGUUCUCUCGUCGUUUCGAAAGUCCCCGUCGGGGUAGCCAUUAUAAAAACCUUCCCUAAAACAGUCCAGAAGGCCAAAGCUCCCCGAAAACGUCCAAACAGGUUGAUAGUUUUAAAGGCUGCUCACACCAACUUCUAAAGCAUAGAGAAAACAAUUUUAAACACGUCGGACGUGAUUGGAAAGAUUCGGUCGUUGUGUGCCCUUGACGAUACAAGCUGAUAGUGCAGAUACAGAAAGAAACAUCUCAAAUAGCUGAAUGAAUGGUAGACAGGGGUGGGGGUAGGCAGUUUGAGAUACCAGAUUUAAUGUAAAACAAACGGCUUUGAUGACUCAGAAUGACUCAGGCUGGAAUUAGGCCGUCAUUACUAAGAGAAAGUUUGAGAUGUACAUGAUCAAAAGCCAUUAUGGCCAUAGGCGUACGGGCAAUUUUUUGCCAGGGGGCGGUAAUCCAUUUGCCCAAAAAUUCUUGCAAGUUGCCCAAAUUUUUUACAAAACAGUCGAAAGGAAACUAGGGCCAUGCAACAAAAUAGGCCGUACUGGCAUAUGAAAGUGGCUCGAUACAGUUUUUCAGAGUCAAUACCUGCCAAGUUUGAGCAUAAACUACUUCGCCACAAACAAGCAUUUGGAAAAAUUGCCACCACAGUUGUAUUAGAUAAAGAGGAAAUUUGUCAUGAUCAGGAUUGCACUGACAUCGGAGCUGUCAUAGCAACGAAAUGACGCCAUUACCUAUUAUACUUGCAGCAAUAUUUCUCACUGGGAACUGUUCUUACAAAAUCGUUCAGGGAAGCUCUUUCCUCCAAUAGUCGCCUCGAUGUACGUGAAGUUAAAACGGAACUGUAAGAGUGUUAUGGAGAUAUUUUGGGAUGAAGUUUUUAUUGUUAGAAAUAAGGUAAAAAAGGAAAAUCUUGAUGUUUAGAAAACGGAGUUUCAAUCGUAUUAAAAACGCGUAUGAAAGAUCAUGGAGAUAGCUCCUGCCAAUUGCUACUAAGGAAGGAUUUGAUUGGCGCUCGAUCUUGUUAGGGGUUUCGUAAACAUUUCGGUCUACUUAAACAAAUUAGUGAAUAAUUUUUAAACCCUUGAUAGAUUUUUUUAAGAAAUUUAUGAUUCUUCUCGUAAUUCAAACUGAGAAUUAGUCAGCCACUUCACUUUCAGACCCAUUGCUGAAGCGUGUUCUGCCACACACUAUUCUAGGAGCGGAGGUGAUUCUAGAAAGUUAUGCGGAAGUUUAUUCUAAUCAAUUCAUGACUGGAAAUAGCCCACUCUAGCUAGUACAGUGAAGUACAGUGCCCAACAACAACAACAACAAAAUCAGCAUAUGAUACCCUUCCCUUAUAACCAGAAACUCAUCACGUGCUAGGCAACCACUGUCUCGUGUGAACGUAACUGAAUUAUUACGCCGACUUCUGGUUAAAAUAGAAAAUAUUUAUGUCUUCAAAAUAUAAUAAUAAUAAAAAACAUCGAAACGUCUUUAAAAACUGGCUUUGCCCAAGUUUUCUCUUGCUGCCCAAAAAAUCUGAGUUGCCCAAACUUUGGGGGCUGCAGCCCCCCUCGCCCCCUCGGCCCGUACGCCUAUGAUUAUGGCUCUUGACAUAAUUGAGUAACAUUGAUCAUUAAAAAUAUGGUAUUUUAGAUACAUGAACAUGAUGUCAGCGUCAAGCGACAGUUUGAGAUACAAUUUGUAACUCAAAAUACGUAAUUUACCGGUAAAAUGAAAUUUAAAUUGAAGUUUAAUCCCUCUUUUAAUACUUAUAGUGGAACAAGGCCGAAUGUGCUAAACAUUUAAUGGUUCGCACAAAAAUUAGCACCACAUUUAGCGUUACCUCAAUGUAUGGCAUUACUAAUUCACCACAGUUUGAAAUGUCUCAAAAUGUGGCACGUCUUCCGGUGCCACAGAAUGAGAUAGAAUUUGUAACUCAAAAUAUGUCAUUUGCCGGUAAAGACAUAUUUUGCAAUAACGCAAAAGAUGACCGCACCAUAAGCCACAAGUUGCGAUAUCUCAAACUGUGGCCUUCUCUCUUUGCAAACGUCGAAGUUUCAUCCCUCUUUUAAUACUUAUAGUGGAACAAGGCCGAAUGUGCUAAACAUUUAAUGGUUCGCACAAAAAUUAGCACCACAUUUAGCGUUACCUCAAUGUAUGGCAUUACUAAUUCACCACGGUUUGAAAUGUCUCAAAAUGUGGCACGUCUUCCGGUGCCACAGAAUGAGAUAGAAUUUGUAACUCAACAUAUGUCAUUUGCCGGUAAAGACAUAUUUUGCAAUAACGCAAAAGAUGACCGCACCAUAAGCCACAAGUUGCGAUAUCUCAAACUGUGGCCUUCUCUCUUUGCAAACGUUGAAGUUUCAUCCCUCUUUCAAUACUUAUAGUGGAACAAGGCCGAAUAUGCUAAACAUUUAAUAGUUCGCACAAAAAUUAGCACCACAUUUAGCGUUACCUCAAUGUAUGGCAUUACUAAUACACCACAGUUUGAAAUGUCUCAAAAUGUGGCACGUCUUCCGGUGCCACAGAUUGAGAUAACGCAAAACACGGCACGCAGGCGGUGGAUGUUUUUUUAAUCCAAACAGCCUAUGGACGCUGUUUACCAGAGAGUAAAUUCCUUGAUCUGAUCCUUGAAGUGGCUUUUAAAAAAAUCAUAAUCCCACCACAAACACAACCCAGGAGCACCCAACGAUAAUAAAGUUCAAAACCGCUUAAACAUACCAGGUUGAACGUAUUUUGGUAUCUUAAAGGUAAAUAUAGGUAUCUAUUUAUCCCCCCAAAGUUUUGUAUCUGUUCGGAUUUCCUAGCUGAAAAGCUAGUUAUCGGAAAAUUAUAGGGAUCAAACCUUACCUUUUCGAAAAUUUCUGCCAGAAAAAGGGCUCUCGAAAAUUCUAGGUGACCUUUUUAGGGUACAUAUCCGUUAAAAUGGGCAAGUACACCAUUUUUGUAGACAUUCGAAAAUCUUAGGAGAGGCAGACAAGCGAGACAUUUUACAACAAACGUUCCGAAAAUUCUAGAUCUCAAAUCGUCUUUCGAACAGAUAUUUUCCGAAACUUGACGUUGUGUGGCCCUGACAACCGGAGCAUUAAAAAAAUGUCAAAUGAUUUCCACAGAUUGACACACCGUAUGCCAUGAUUUGAGCUGCGCUUAAAACCUGUCUCGUUCAUUAAUCAGGACCACAUUUUUGCGUUAACUCAAUCUAUGGUAUCGCAGUCCUGUACUAUAGCCCACGACUCUGAUGCCACAGAUUGAGUUAACGCAAAACACGGUAUCCCCCUGAAGGUCAUAUUUUUGCGUUAACUCAAUCUAUGGUAUCGCAGUCCUGUACUAUAGCCCACGACUCUGAUGCCACAGAUUGAGUUAACGCAAAACACGGUAUCCCCCUGAAAGGUCAUAUUUUGCGUUAACUCAAUCUAUGGUAUCGCAGUCCUGUACUAUAGCCCACGACUCUGAUGCCACAGAUUGAGUUAACGCAAAACACGGUAUCCCCCUGAAAGGUCAUAUUUUGCGUUAACUCAAUCUAUGGUAUCGCAGUCCUGUACUAUAGCCCACGACUCUGAUGCCACAGAUUGAGUUAACGCAAAACACGGUAUCCCCCUGAAAGGUCAUAUUUUGCGCUAACUCAAUCUAUGGUAUCGCAGUCCUGUACGACUCUGAUGCCACAGAUUGAGUUAACGCAAAACACGGUAUCCCUCCGAAAGGGCAUACAGUGAAAUCUUUCUCAGCUCUCUAUAAUGCGGACACUAUUACGGACAGUUCGUUUGGCCCCAGAAAUGACAAAAAUAGUACAUUCCCUAACCCCGGUAACACGGACAGCUCUGUAAGGCACAGAAAGCCGACACUUGGUUCUGUCCCUUUUGUGUCCGUAUUAACGAGGCUUACUAUCCGCGAGAAAACACCGCAUUCUUCUGGUGAGAUGAAACGUUUAAUGGAGGGCGGUGUUUAUGGGUAGUUUUGCUACAUGUAUAUAUAUGUUUUGGUAGUCUUUUUUGAAAUUUUAAUUUCCCUUUGUCUUUGGGUACAGUGAGAAGUGUAAAAUAUACUGUAAAAAAAUAAAUAAUUAAAAGAAAUAUAUCAUAAAAAAAGGAAAACAUUUAACAACGGCACACGUAAACAUAUAUACCAAAAUUCAAUACAGGUUGGCAAUUGGGCAUACAUAACGAUACCAUGAUUUACUUGAGUGAUCAGAAAACAAUGCAUUCUCAGGGCCUAAAUACCAAUCCCAAAGCAACCUUUACUGAAUCAGAUAUUAUAAUGACAUGUUUGUUUAAUGUAUUCACUUCUCAUCUUUCGGUUUCCACAAGCUAACUAAGGGCAUUUAUCAAAGUCAGAACUGGCCAGCUGGAGUGGUAGGCAAUUUUCAAGCAUUUUUACUAAAAUCCUAUUGCUGCAUUGCAUAAUAAGGUCAUGAUUUAUAGUGGAUUUAUAAACUGGCCAGGGUGGCUAGUUUUGCCUUUUAGUGAGCAGGCUAAGACAGUUAGUGAUGUUCACCAAUCAUUUCCUUCUCGUAUACUUUAUUGUAAUCAUACUAAGUUUGUGAACACUUUGUAACCAAGACAGUUUUUGUUCACCAACCUCUACUUACGUUUAACAAACCUUGUUUUGUAAAUUUAAAAAUUUAAAUUGGAGUAAAGAAAUUAUAAACUUAAAAGUGAUUAAGCUUUUAACCUAAUUUCGGAAGAAAGUUAUUAGUUAAGUACAAUUCUAACGAGCAUGCAUUGCCAGGAUACAACAAAAAGGCGGAGCCAAUGUCACAAGUUGAAGUAAGACAAAAAACCUCUACUUAGGUUUACUAUUUAGGAUUUUAUAUAACUUCCCUGGCCGCAGUUCAUUAUACUGAGUAAAAACAAGGUUUUCAUCAAAAUUGUAUUUCUUAAAUAAGUUGUAUAUAUAUUUCCUUUGACUAAACAACGAAGAAUUUUUUCCACUUUUAGAUUUAUGAUUUCUCAUAGCAACUGUCCACUUAUGAAGUGGAGGGCAGUUUAUGGUUCCAACUUCCCAGAGGUCUUUCACCUGCUGCAGCUUCUCAAUGUUUCGUGGUAUAGACAAUGAAUCCAGCCAUUCAACCAAAGAUGCAGAUCCGUACUCCCUAAACAUUGCUAACGUUGCAGGGUCAGUGAUAGCUAUAGAAACAGCAGGUCGGUUGUCUGCAGGUGGGACUAAGGCAGAUGUAGGAAUAGACUGAAUUUGUGCAACUGAUGCAGAUAUAGGGCUGGUUGUAGAGAUAGGGACAGUAGGUUGAUUGCUGGCCAGAGAAUGUGUUGAUCGAAUAGCACAGUUGAUUGACGAGGAGAUGAGGGAUGUGCUAGGGGUUGACAAACUAGGUUGGUUGAUGCCAGAACGAACAAAUGCUGUUGUGGAGAGUGGUGCACUAGGUUGCUGGUUUGUAGACUGGAUGAAAGGUGCAGGAUGUGUGGACAGAGUAGUAUGGUGGGUUGCAGAUGAAAGGAAUGAUGUUCCGGGCGGGGAGGGCGAGGCUGGGGUUGGUAGAGCAGCUGAAGGGUUUGAAGAGAUGAUGCUGGUUGAAGCUGAGGUUGGUAGAGCAGCUGGAGGGUUUGAAGAGCUGAUGCUGGUUGAAGCUGGGGUUGGUAAAGUAGCUGGAAGGUUUGAAGAAAUGAUGCUGCUUGAAGCUGGGGUUGGUAGAGCAGCUGGAGGGUUUGAAGAGCUGAUGCUGGUUGAAGCUGGGGUUGGUAAAGUAGCUGGAAGGUUUGAAGAGAUGAUGCUGGUUGAAGCUGGGGUUGGUAAAGUAGCUGGAGGGUUUGAAGAGAUGAUGCUGGUUGAAGCUGGGGUUGGUAAAGUAGCUGGAAGGUUUGAAGAGAUGAUGCUGGUUGAAGCUGGGAUUGGUAAAGCAGGUGGAAGGUUUGUAGAGCUGAUGCUGGUUGAAGCUGGGGUUGGUAAAGCAGGAGGAAGGUUUGAAGAGCUGAUGCUGGUUGAAGCUGUGGUUGGAGAAGUAGCUAGACUGCUUGUAGAAGGGAUGGUGCUGGCACUAUUGGCCACCAUUGAAAUGAAAACAGAAGACCAAUAUGCUACUUGUCUUGCUGCAUGAAGUGCAGGGCCAACAUCACUACCCGGAUGAUAAUCAUCAAUUUGCUGCGAGAUGUUCGACACUAAGUUAACCAGACUACUUGGUGCAACUGGUCCUUGAUGAGGUGGUUGGCAAUCUCGACUGGCCACACAGUCUUGGUGCAAAACAAGACUUAUUGUUUUUGCAUCUUGCACUAUUUGUGAGGCAGACGGAAUUGGGUCUGAUAAAACCUUACAAAUCUUGUCUCGGGAUUUCAAUUUCUCUAAUACCAUGCAGAGAUCUGACUCCUAGAAAAGAAAAAACAACUGUAAAACUCUUUCACACAAGCAGCCACAUGAUGCAUAUGUUGCAGUUUAGCAUACAAGCUGAAAAGCUCUAUUAAGAUCUUAUUUGCUUCUUUACCUGUUUGACGAAAAAACUGUCUCAGUCUUUUGUCAAGUGGUUUAUACUUUUGAUACAUUGUAUAAGGAGAUGAAGCUAGAAAUAAGAAAACGCUAGAGCAACCUACGAAAAAAAAAAACAACAACGGAAAUAUAACCCAAAAUUCUCAAACACGGUUUCUGAAAGUAAGUUGGCCCAAUUUCAACCAUAUUGGUGCACAGGCAAUAGAUAUUUUGCGGCAUCUUGGCUGGAUCAAUAUUAUGACAGAUCAUAACACCGAAGCUAAUUUCAAUGUUGAUGCAUACCACAGAAGAAACAGCAAUAGUUCUUUGACACAGAAGGAAAGUUUAUGUUACAUGGAGCAGGGAAUAAUAUCUUCUAAUACACUGGUCACCCUAUAAAUCUACUUAAAUACAAAAAGAAUCCAUACAUUCUGCACCUGCUCAAAAUGCUUGGACCCUGUUUAUUAUGGUGAUAAACAUUGACAAAAUCACGAGAGAAAUCACAACGUACGAAACAGAAAAUAUCACUUGGAUUCUUAAAAACAUUGGAGGAUAACAGCCAUAUUUCAGCUUGAUGUGCAAGACGAACACAAACUGAUAAUUUCCUCUCCUUUGGAAGCAUCUUAAGCUAAGUAAACUCAAAUCAAAACAAAGCUGUAAACGUUUUUGCAGAUAACUGUGAAUUACAUAAUAAUUUAUAAUUUGACUUGUGUCAUGACAUGUACUUGUAAGCAAUUUAUCAAGUGCGACGAGACAUGUAGCUAAUGCUUCUCUUAUACUUUUCUGGUGUUUAUGUGUAUGCAUGUUUGACAUGUUUUACCUUUUCACUCCAAAACUGAAUGAUAAUGGUGGUUCUAACUUUUGAAUCUGUGGAUGAAAUCCUAUGGUGGGACCAUUCAAAUGAAACCUCUCUCCCUGUUUUUCAGCAUUUGUUACUUUAGCCCCAUCUGGGAGUGAAAUGGUUAAGUAAACACCCAAAUGCUACUUAAACUAUUUGACAUGCAUUCGGAAGUGGUUUUCUGCAAUAAUUGGCCUGGUUGAUUACAAAGUGCUAACACAUGGUCGUAUUUUAAUCAGAUUUAAUGGCAUUUAACAUAUUACUCUUCUUUAUUAUUAAUAUACAGUUGUGUUGCCAAGGAGAGAAUACACUUACAGGCCCUUAGCAAAACUCUGUCAGGUGACAUGACCUUGUCAAUCAUAAAAAGUGAUAAGUCUUACAAAUUAAAGUUCAGAACACAGAGUGCAAUAAGAUUAGCAACACUGCUAUUUGGGUAGACACUCACAUUGACUGAGAGAUUAGUGAUAUGUGACAGAUUUUAAAAAGAUUGGAAAAGUGUUGUCUAGAAACAAGGCUUUGCCAUCCAAUAUACAAACCUUUUACCCUGUUUAAACUUUUUAAACCAAUAUAAAAGACAAAUAAAUAACAUCAAGAAUUUAUUCCCUUAUUAAUAAGGAAAUUAUCUGCCUUGUCUCACUCACUUCAUCAUUGUCACUGUCCUCACUGGAUAUUUCCUCCCCCUCAGAUUCUGGCCCCUCUGAACUCUGUAACAAAAGCAAACGAAAAAUUAAUGUGAUGUUGUCAUGAAGUAAACGAUACAACAUUAAACAUUUUCAUCAUUUCCUUGAAAGCUUUACUCACUCUCAAGGAAAAAAAAACUAGUUACAUUUGAUGGGAGAGGAAAGCAGCCAUAUCUCUGUAACUGCCCCAAAAUGAAAGUAAUAAAAAAGGCAAAUGCAAAUUUAUAUAGGCCAAAUUAUAGACCAAAUUAUAAUAUACCACUAAAAGCAAAAUGUGAAAAAUAAUUUUUUACAAUUUGUUAUUAUCUCUCACAUGAUAAUAUUCCUAUGUAAAUGUACUAUCUUAUCUUAUUACAGCCUCAUUACAAUACAUCGGCUUGCAGGUAACAACGUUCGCCAAUAAAAACGGUAAUAUUAUAGUUAUAGCAGUGUUGCUUGCUAUCAGAAGCAAAGUAGAUGCUACCGUAGAGUUCUGAAAGUAACAACCCUCCCCAAAAGUAGCGACCCUUCAAAAGUAGCGAUAUAAUUUCAAAGGUGUUAGGAAAUCCCGAAAGUAGGGACCCCCAGAAAAUAACGACCCACAACAGAAGUGACAUUUUUUUUCCUUUGUUUCCUAGCUCUAAUAAUAACUUAUUCAUUGGCUGGAGACAAAGGAAAUUCUGGUUUAACCUGCAACAUCUAUGCUACAAGAAGUACACUUCUCAAAGAAAGCGAUGACACACAAAAGGUUAAUAGUAUCAAAAUGGCCUGCAAUUCUACAUUUAACUAUAACAAUAGUCACCUAGUGAAGCUGGGCAACACUUUCUUUCCAAGAUGCAUACUGAAAUCUACUAAUGACUAAAAUCUUACCCUAAAGAAAAAGGUGCAAGGUACAUUGUAAAUUUUAAAGGAAAAUGAAGUCCAUGGUACCCUGUAUGUGUCCACCUUACCUCUUGUUCUUGGUCAGAUUGAGAUUCUUCUGAUGAAUUCUAAAAGUGCAAACAAAAGCAGUCGGUAA